UUUUAUUUAUUUCUGGUGGACAUGACUGAACUUUUCCACUCUCCAUGACGCAUCGUUCUGGAGGAGUUGAGGCUCGUUUACUCACCUCAACUCCGUUUCAAAUCAUCUCGCCCUCCCCUUUUCUUUCAAACACACCCAUAAUGCGCAUGCGCCGAGCCGUGACGUGUCGAGAAAGUGUCAAACACAAGGAUGUAAAAAAAAAAGAAAAAGAAGAAAGAUCGAAAAGUCUAGAUAAACUUCCUUACGCCAUGUAAUAGUCGCCGCCGCGGUAGUCUGGGUAACCGUACCGCCUCUGGGACCAGCACCGACCCGCUCCUCCUGACCGGGAAUCGGUUUAACUCACCUGUGAAGCCGCGGCAUUGACCAGCGAGCUAACUUAGUGAGCGUCAGUUGGGCUAACCGUCGGUUACGUUACGGGUCGCGCGCUGACCGGCUCAGCUCACGCGACCAUGUAACUCGCGACACACGGUCUCCUGGCGUCAGUUGUGUCGGUCGUUCAUCGUUUCGCUCCCGUUGUUUACUCCUGACUGCGGGACCGAGACCCUCACGUUCCCCGGGGGGAGAGGAAGGAUGUCUCGGAGGCGGCUGGACGGCCGCAGCGGGCUCGCGGCGGGGCUGCUCGGGGAGAUCCAGACCCCGAUCAGCACGGAGCCGCUGGAGAGUGUGUACGAAAUCACCGGAGAGCUCGGGAGGGGGAAGUAUGCGGUGGUGAGACGCUGCGUGGAGAAGGCCACCGGCAAAGUGUUCGCCGCCAAGUUCCUCCGGAAGAGAAGGCGAGGUCGCGACUGCCGGGCGGACGUCAUUCACGAGAUGGCCGUCCUGGAGUCGGCCCGCAACAACGCCCGGGUGGUCAACCUGCACACGGCGCACGAGACGGACCGCGACAUCGUCCUGCUGCUGGAGUAUGCGGCCGGCGGAGAGAUAUUUGACCACUGCGUGUCCGAGGAGCUGCUGCCCGAGGCCCAGAUCACCCGUCUGAUCAGGCAAACCCUGGAGGGAAUCCACCACCUCCACCAGAACAACCUGGUGCACUUGGACCUGAAGCCGCAGAACAUCCUCCUGACCAGCCUGUCCCCUCCGGGAGACAUAAAGAUCGUGGACUUCGGCCUGGCGCGCAGACUGGGCGCGGUCGGAGAGCUCCGGGAGAUACUCGGCACGCCCGAGUAUGUGGCUCCCGAGAUCCUGAAUUAUGAGCCGAUCACCACGGCGACCGACCUCUGGAGUGUGGGGGUCAUAGCCUACAUGCUGGUGACGGGCGAGUCUCCGUUCGCCGGGGACAACAAGCAGGAGACGUACCUGAACGUGUCCCAGGUCAACGUGGACUACAGCCGGGAGGCCUUCUCCAGGGUGUCCGAGCUGGCCGUGGACUUCGUCCGCAAGCUGCUGGUCAAGACCCCAGAGGACCGGCCCAGCGCCGCCGAGUGCAUGAGUCACCCCUGGCUGUGGCAGCUGUGCCUGAGCCCCGACCCCGCCACCACGCGGCCCAGAUCCGUCCGCGAGCGGAGCUGCGGCACCAAGUGGACCGCUCCGCCCGAGGACCCCGAGGACAAGGAGAACUUCCUGGAGUCGCCCCACUCGCACGCAAAGAGGUUCCGCUUCGACGAGGAGAGGCCCGCCGCCGGGGACGGAGACUUUUGAGGGGCCGACGGAACACGGGGAAACAAAACGAGAACUGCGAGGAAUCUUCCCCCGUGAGCUUUUAAAUCAUUUUUUUUAAAGCCUCCAGAAAACCAGCUGUCAUCCCUCAAAAAGUAUUCACACCGUGUCACUAAUUCUGCUCGAUUCCAAAGAUAGCCAGCUAAAAUUUGAGAUCUGACACUUGAUGCAUCGCUGUUUUAAAAAAAAAAAGGAAAAAUGAACAACAGCAACAAAAAGUGUGAGUAUUGUCCAGCGUGUCUCGAUGAAUGCCGUGUGUUUAACCUCUAGUAUUUAAUUCCUUUCAUUGUUGUAAUCUGGUAGCGUGGAAGCGCUCCGUGUCGGCGCUGGUCUAUGCAAUACCUCUCUCGUGCAUUUUAAAUCCAUCUCUGUCAGCUCUGCCUCCGGGUCGGAGGUCACGUGUUUGCGCGACCUCGAGCGACGAGGUAACGUCCUCGUCUGCAGCUCCGGGACAAACGGGGACCGACCUUUCAACCGCGCUGCUGUCUCUGCGUCCCCGAGUCGCACCGAGCUGAGCAGCUCACGGGCGGAAUACAUGCGCGACUUAUUACUGACGUGUUCUAUAUGUCUGCAAUGACUCAAAUACAGCUCAGGGUUUUUAGAUUUCGUGUACGAUACCGUUUCUCACCAGCAACACAUCAUCGGAUAGAAACUCGACGCCAGAGACCACGCGGCCGUUCACACGCCACACCCGCACUUACAGACGACUCCCUCAGCGGGCUGAAGGUUCCUCUCGCGUCGGAGAGAGAAGCUCGACUUUAGCACUUCAUGAUCCCGAUGAGCGGGAAGUGGGAACUCUUGGCGAGAGUCUGUCGCCCUGAGAGCCUCGGCUGCGCUCGCUCUGCUCACUGUGUUCUUAAUGUCAUUCUUACAGGUUCAUUAUUAUUAUUAUCAUUAUUUAUGUGCUUAGACUUCUACUUUAUGUUUUGGAUGUAAAUAACGUGUCUUUAUAAAGGAAGUGUUGCUUUGCGGCGGGGGAGAGGAUGACCACGGGGUCUUUGAAAAAGAGCCGUCGUGGUCAGUGUGAGGAACCAUAAGUGGAGAGGUUGGGGUGGUGAGAGGAGGUCUGGGAGGUCUAGGAGGUGAAGCGAGGGAGGUGGUUGAAGGCUGCAGAUAAGUUGGUGUUGGAAGUGAUUGAAGGAGGAGUUUGAAUAGCAAGACUGUGUUUAGAUAUGUCGGCAUUGGAAUGCUUGUUGGGGCGACGAGGAAGAGGAGCGAUGAUGUCAUGUUUCAGAAAGAGACGGGUCUGAAAACACGAGGUGCCAUCUUCUGUUCACUUGAAUGAACUCUCAAUCCCCAGUGAAACAUUCUUUGUUGUGAGGUGCCGAAUAAGAGCGCAUUGUGUUGUUGUUGUCGUCACCGGCCGGUACAGCGGCCGUGUCUGGGAGACGGGUGUCUCCAGACACGGCCGCGCUCUCGUCUGCAUGCUGUCGUUAACAGAUUUUCAUCUCCACGAGCGGUUCAAGAUCCCCGAGUUGGCAGAUUCCGAUUCUCCGAGCAGCUGGAAAGCAUCUCUGUCGUGGUCUCUGCUGCUGAGGGAACAAGCUGGAAUCUGAGUUUACGUAUUUUCUGACCACCGUUUCUGAUUCCGCUGCAAUUGGCCGUCGGUGUCUCUUCCUGUGACGGAAGUGUUAUCUAUUAAAAAAAUAAAACCUUUAGAAAGUAGUUUAACUCGACGAGGAGCCGAGCCCUCGGGAUGAGGCUCGUUGUGGGCGCUCGCGCUGCAGGGGGACGGCUCGCCACUUGAACAUGACCUACGCUGUGGUGGUGUGUGUACAGCCAUUGUACCGAUUACAUUGUGUGUGAGCGCCCAUUGUUUGGGGCGGGCGGAGCAGCGACAGGCCAGACAAGCACAUUCACGUUCAGAGAUGUAUGUUUAUUUUGAGUUUUAUAUUCUUUAUUUCACGUGCGUAUGAGCGUUGUAGAAUUGCAUCUCAAAUGACUUAAAGAAAAAAAGACACAUAAUCCUUAUUGUAUUCUGAUCAAGGCUAACAUGUAGGCAUCACCAAGCAAACUGGAACCAGAUCAUUAAAGGUGGUAGAACAUA